ACAAUGCAAUUGCAGCAGGCCCCAUGAGGCUGCAGAACCAGAAGCCCCAAGAGGAGGUCCUCUGUCUUGGCCUCACUGUCGGUGCCCGCCUCCUGCCUGAGCGUCUGGGAGCCCACGACCGAGCAGCCAAAGCCUGAGGAUCUGUGAACGGCUCCAGGAUGCGGGCUCCAGGUGCAGGUUCGGCUUCCGUGGCCUCUCUAGUGUUGUUAUGGUUGCUCGGACUGCCAUGGACCUGGAGUACGGCGGCGGCGCUCGGCGUGUACGUAGGCGGCGGCGGCUGGCGUUUCCUGCGCAUCGUCUGCAAAACCGCGAGGCGGGACCUCUUCGGUCUCUCUGUGCUGAUACGCGUGCGCCUGGAGCUGCGGCGGCAUCAGCGCGCGCGCCACACCAUCCCGCAGAUCUUCCAGGCGGUGGCUCAGCGGCAGCCCGAGCGCCUGGCGCUGGUGGACGCGGGCAGCGGUGCGUGCUGGACCUUCGCGCAGCUGGAUGCCUACUCCAACGCUGUGGCCAACUUCUUCCUCCGGCUGGGCUUCGCGCCGGGCGAUGUGGUGGCCAUCUUCAUGGAGGGCCGGCCUGAGUUUGUGGGGCUUUGGCUGGGCCUGGCCAAGGCAGGUGUGGAGGCCGCGCUGCUCAACGUGAACCUGCGGCGGGAGCCCCUGGCCUUCUGCCUGGGCACCUCGGGCGCCAAAGCCCUGGUCUUCGGAGGGGAGCUGGCGACGGCGGUGGCGGAGGUAAGCGGGCAGUUGGGCAAGAGCCUGGUCAAGUUCUGUUCUGGUGACGUGGGGCCUGAUGGCGUCUUACCGGACACCCAACUCCUGGACCCAGUGCUGAAGGAGACCUCCACAGCCCCCCUGGCACAGCCCCCUGGCAAGGGCAUGGAUGAUCGACUGUUCUACAUCUACACAUCUGGGACCACGGGGCUGCCCAAGGCUGCCAUCAUCGUGCACAGCAGGUACUACCGCAUCGCGGCGUUUGGGCAUCACUCCUACAGCAUGCAGGCCGCAGAUGUGCUCUACGACUGUCUGCCCCUGUACCACUCCGCAGGGAACAUCGUGGGCGUGGGUCAGUGUCUCAUCUACGGGCUGACGGUGGUCCUGCGCAAGAAGUUUUCGGCUAGCCGCUUCUGGGAUGAUUGCGUCAAGUACAACUGCACGGUGGUCCAGUACAUCGGGGAGAUCUGCCGCUACCUCCUGAAGCAGCCAGUGCGCGAGGCGGAAGGACGGCAUCGUGUGCGCCUGGCAGUGGGCAACGGGCUGCGGCCGUCCAUCUGGGAGGAGUUCACGGAGCGCUUCGGGGUCCGCCAGAUCGGCGAGUUCUACGGGGCCACCGAGUGCAACUGCAGCAUCGCCAACAUGGACGGGAAGGUCGGUUCCUGUGGCUUCAACAGCCGCAUCCUGCCCCACGUGUACCCCAUCAGGCUGGUGAAGGUCAACGAGGACACCAUGGAACUACUGCGGGACGCCCAGGGCCUCUGCAUCCCCUGCCAGACCGGGGAGCCCGGCCUUCUCGUGGGUCAGAUCAACCAGCAGGACCCGCUGCGUCGCUUCGAUGGCUACAUCAGUGAGAGCGCCACGAGCAAGAAGAUCGCCCACAGCGUCUUCCGCAAGGGUGACAGCGCCUACCUCUCAGGUGACGUGCUGGUGAUGGAUGAGCUGGGCUACAUGUACUUCCGGGACCGCAGCGGGGACACCUUCCGCUGGCGCGGGGAGAACGUCUCCACCACUGAGGUGGAAGGCGUGCUAAGUCGCCUGCUGGGCCAGACAGAUGUGGCUGUGUAUGGAGUGGCUGUGCCAGGAGUAGAGGGCAAAGCAGGCAUGGCAGCCAUCGCAGACCCCCACGGCCAGCUGAGCCCCAAUGCACUGUAUGAGGAACUGCAGAAGGUCUUGGCACCCUAUGCCCGGCCCAUCUUCCUGCGCCUCCUGCCCCAGGUGGACACUACAGGCACCUUCAAGAUCCAGAAGACCAGGCUGCAGCACGAAGGCUUCGACCCACGUCAGACCUCGGACCGGCUCUUCUUUCUGGACCUGAAGCAGGGCCACUACCUGCCUCUGGACCAGGGUGUCUACACCCGCAUCUGCUCAGGCGCCUUCGCCCUCUGACACUCCUCUGUUGGCCUGAGACUCCGCGCCAGGCCCAGCGAGCAAGCAGGGCUGCAGCCAGACAGCCCUGCCCCGCCCUGGGGCAGAGAAGCCGGAUUGCAGGAGGAGCCCUUGUUUCCCGCAGCCUUCCUCCUCCUCUCCACCAGCUGGCCGCCCCCGCCCGUCUUCCACUCCCGUGUCUGUAUGUCUGUCUGUCUCUGCUCCCUGCUUCUGGGCCUCCCCGCUGUCCCUGAUUGCCUCCUUCCUCCAUCUCUCCUCCCCUGCCCACUUCCUGCCAAAAGUAGAACAGACAUUUCUGGGAGCUGCGGUCUGUGUGGGCCCCACAGCUGUCCUGGGGGCCUCUGCGGGUCCUCCCCACUGGGUGGGAAACCCAGAGUGGGGCCGCUCCACCUCCCUCUCAGCUGUGCCUUAUUAACAAACCCCACCCAGCCCAGCCCUCCCUAGGCCGCUGGAUUCCAGGGCUUUGUAGCCCUGUGGGAGCUCCAGGCAGCCCCUCCACCUUCCUUGCUGAAUGAGGAGCUAGGCAUGGUCUGCCUGGACAACCUGGGUUCAAGGGGGCCUUGGCCCGGGGCCCUCCAGGUCAGCAGGGUGUCUCUGCCCAGCUGGGCCAGUUGCCUUUUGCACUUCCUGUCCCUGCUGGCUCUCUCUCCUCUUGCCUGCCUUUCCUGAUGCCCCAGAAACUUCUGGAACUGAUUGUGACCACUUGGAUGUUGCUCCUGCCGGAGGGGACCUGAAGAUGACCCUGAGUGGCUGCUUGGCCCACUGCUCAGAUGCUUACCCUGGAGGAGGCCUCUUGGGGACCCCACCUGCUGUGGCUGCUGGCAGGACUCAGGGGAAUGGCAGCAGUGGAUUUGGGGGAGCCUCCAGGUCAGGGGUGGCCUCAGAUGCCCUCAGGGGUUCCUGCCUAUUGAAUGUUCCCCUGACCUUGCUAGUGACAACUUGGACCCUUGGUUGGUGACAUCCCAAGACCACCCCGCCAGGACAGCCCGGACAUUCCCAUCAGCUUCGUCGGUGGCUCAUCCCAGACACCCAUCGGUGGGGGUGGCCACCCAGACUGCCCCCCGUCCCUCCCUCUGGCAGCACCGUCCGGCAGCUAGAACAGUAAGGCCAGUAGCAAAUGACCCUGUGCUGUUUCGCAUGGGCCUUUUCAAGCACUGAGGUUUUAUUUCCUCAUUGAGUUUAAGAAAUAAACCUGCAGAGCAUUUGGUGCCUGA